AUGGAUAGACCUCCAUUCCUCGAUCUGAAACCACCAAAGGGGUAUGUGGCAGGAUUAGGUAGAGGUGCUACUGGAUUUUCAGUUCGUGGUGAUAAAUUUCAACGAAAAGUGCCAGUCAGAUUACAAGAUGAGAAACGCAGAGAAUUAAAAGGAAAAACUAUUGUUAAGGAUGCAGCCCAAUCUGAAGAAGAUGAAGCAAUGAAGAUAUUUUCCAUUAUUGAUUUGAAACGAAAUGGAAAUAAACUGGCAAAAGUUGAUAACGCAUUUCAAGAUUCUCUUAAUGAGGGGUAUAAAUUCAAUGAUUUGAAAAGAAAUCUUGGUUCAGUUUCUGAAGAUCAAUGGCUAAGUAUACCCGAGGCAACUGAUUUUACAAGACGGAAUAAGAGGAAUAGACUAGAAGAACAACUUAAUAGGAAAACAUAUGCAGCACCGGAUAGUUUGAUAUCUCAAAAUGUUAAUUUAAGUAAACUUACUGAGGAACGUGAAAAAUUAUUAGAAAUGACUUUGGACGUAAACAUUAAGGGAAAAAUGGGAGAGAUUGACAUUGAUAGUUCGAAAGAGUCACUAUCAUAUUUAAAUCAAUUGGAAUCUGUUACUAAUACGACUAACGAAACACAACUUGAAGAUUUAAAAAAGAUGCGCUUAGUAUUUCAAUCAUAUAGAAAAGCUGAUCCAAAGAAAUCAGAAGGUUGGAUAGCUUCAGCAAGACUAGAAGAAAAAUGUAGGAGAUUCGAAGCCGCAAAAAGGUUGAUUGAGGAAGGUUGUCAGAAUUGCCCACAUGAUGAAGAAAUCUGGUUAGAAAAUAUUCGGUUACACUACGCAGAUAAUCAUAAAUGUAAAGUCAUAGUCACGACUGCCAUUAAAUUCAAUUAUAAUUCAGUGAAGUUAUGGUUGAAAGCAAUAGACCUCGAAAAUGAAAAAAUCAAUAAAUAUAGAGUCGUUCGAAAGGCCCUGGAAGAGGUUCCAACGAGUGAGGAAUUAUGGAAUUUAGCUGUUGAAUAUGAAAAGAAUAAGAACGAAAAGAUUAAUAUUUUAAGAAAAGCUUUGGAAUUUGUGCCACAAAGUUUACAUCUUUGGACUAUAUUAAUUAAAGUCGAGGAGUAUAAUGAAGCUAAGAUAUUAUUAAAUAGAGCUAGGAAGUUAAUUCCAAACAAUAUAAAGAUAUGGCUACUUGCGAUCGAAUUGGAAGAGACACAUGGAAACAAUGAUAUAUCAGUGUUUAAAUUAAUGAAAAUUCUAAAUAAGGGCUUUGAACAAUUAUCCGCGAACAGUAUCUCUAUAACAUUUGAAGAUGGACUACGUAUCUCAAAGGAGUUUGAAACUAGUAAUGAAGGACACUGCGAAAAAUCCCUUGAGGCACUUGCACAAGUAAUAAUAAUGAAGACAACAGAAGAACAUGGACUCAACAUUGAUAAUGAGAAGUUAAAGAUGCUUUUGAAGUUUGACGAUUCACUCACCAAAUUAUACUUUAUAAGACAAGUAGUAUUAGUUAACUAUGAACGACUCAGUCUUUGGAAUUCAUUAAAAGAGGUUUGUGAAAAGCUUGGACGUGUUAAUGAACUUUAUAAUACAUUCGAAAAGAUCUUAUUUAGUGGAGAUGAAACUGAUCAGAAGAAAAUAUUAGAACCUAACUCUAAGUUAGUACUAGUAUAUGCCAAGGAAGUAUGGAAGGGCAAAAACGAUAUUAAGAAAGCUUUAGCUAUUAUAGAUAAAUGUUUAGGCAUGAUUCCAGAUAAUCUUGAUAUUAUUGCUGCAAAAUUAAAAUUAUUAUGCCAGAGUAGACAGUUUGAUACAGCUGAAUUGUUAUUCAAAGAAAAGAUUAAUCAAAUGAUAGACCAAAAAAAUGUUUCAAACCAACCUGGAUUGGAGAGACUAGUUCAUAAAUAUGUGAGCUUCUUAAGACAUCAACGUGAAAAUGAAUUAGCAAUUACAUUAAUAUCUGAUCAAUUCAUCCCAUUAUUCCAUAAUUGUUAUAAGUUAUACCUUCAAUUGGGACAAAUAUAUUGUCACCUCGAAAAUUAUACAGAUGCAAGAUCAAUAUUAGUACAAGGAACAGAGAAGUUCCCCGGUAAUAAUAAAUCCAAUAGUCAUAAUGCGUUGCUAUGGAUAGAAAUUUCCAAGAUAGAAGAAAUUGCGAUGGAAAAACCGAUUAAAGCCCGUGCAACAUUAGAUAUAGCUCUGAUUAAAAAUUCGGGAAAUCCCACCUGUGAAAUAAUGAUUUAUAUAGCAAGGAUACAAUUAGAGAAAAGAACAAAUAAUAAUGAUCAAGCACAACUCCUUGUAUCACAGGGCCUGAAAGCCUAUCCGAACAGUGCAUUACUAUGGACUGAGAAUAUUACAUUAUUAGACACUAAACGUUCAUCCCAAAAGAAAACUGUGUUCCAGGAUGCAUUACGAAAUACAAAGAAUAGUUAUCUGGUUAUGUUAGAAAUCGGCAAGACAUUUUACAAGGAAUGUCAAUACACAACAGCUAUCAAAUGGAUAGAGAGGGCUACUAAAGCUAACCCAGCAUACGGGGACUCUUGGGUAUGGAAUUACCGUUGCGAAAGAAAAUUAAACAGAGAUACAAAGGGAAUUAUACAAAAAGUAUCAUCUGUUGAACCAGUAUACGGACCAGAAUGGAUUUCCAUCUCAAAGAAUCCUGCAUCUCAAUACUUUAGCAGCAAGGAAAUCUUAAAGACACUCACUUCUAAAGAGAAGCACAAUCAGUAG